CUUGCAUCCGGCAGUCAUGGCAAAGGCAGCUCAGAAACGCAUCGCCAACCAGAAUGAGUCUACCGUCAAAACCCUGCGCCUAGGGCUAUUUUUGCCCACCCUCAUCUCGGUCGUGCUACGCCUUCUGUUCAGAAGGAGCGCGUUCCCGCCUUCGAAGGGGUCCCUCGCCAUCUACAUCCUGACCUUCUUCCCGUCGUUCUUUCUGUCUACCUAUCUCAUCAAGAUUGGCACGACGCGACGCGACCCCACGACCGGCACGCUCAUCUCGUAUGGAGAAGACCUCAGUCAACCGGGCGUGACUGAAUGGUGCUUUGACAUCCUAUAUAUCACUUGGACGUGUCAGAUAGGUAGCGGCGCUUUCGGUGACUGGUUCUGGUACUUGUACCUCGUGAUCCCCCUCUACGCGAUCUGGAAAGUCUGGUCCUCCGUCAUCUACCCCUACUUCAUCGGCUCCCGACAGUCGUCCUCCGCGGAAGAGUCCGAAGACGCGCCCUCGACGAGCAAGCGUCAGGAGAAACUCCGCAAGAGGAGCGAGAAGGGGGACCCACGCGUCAAGACGCAGUCCGUCAGGCGAUAGCCCUGCGUCGCGUACUGUGGCAGGUGUAGUGGAGUGUAAUUGUAUACCAAUGAACAUCUUACGCGUUCGGAGAGACGAACUGCAGGUCAACUCACACAAG